AGCGCUGCUGUUGUUGCUGCAGCUCCAGACGCCCCCACGUAGCUGGAAAUAAAAUAGGAAGAAUAAGAAUAAGAAAUACGGUGUCGAAGUGUAAAUGCAAAGUGCAGUUUUCGGUCUCCAGAGGCUUGCAAUUAACUCAAAUUCUAUUUAGAUCGCAUUAAUUCGCCCCAUUGUGCGCCCGUGUGCGUGUGUGCGAGAGUGUGUUGUGUGCCGCUGAAACCUGAGCUGAGUGUGCGUGUGUGUGUGCGAGCGUUAAUUUUGUUGUUUUUUACUUUUGUGUUUUUGUUUUUUUUUUUGCAUACGACGAUUCGAGUCGAGUUGAAAGAAUCAUUCAAAGCCAACAAGGUCGAACGCCUUAUUCGGCUCAUAACUACCUAAUACAUUUUCCAAUCGGCAUUUGGCCCACGUCCCGCCUUGGAGGCGGAAUUGAAAAUGGGAGCGCGUUGCGUUUAAAUUUGGUGACAAGUCGGCGGCUGUGCGCCUGAUAAUUUAUAAUUAGCAACGCACUUGGGUCGUUGCCACUGGCAUCUUCUAUUAUUCGCAACUGUCGCCGGGUUUUCCACUUUAUUCGCUUCUGGCUGGGAGGCGCACUUUCCAUUUUUACCUGCAAGGCGAGCCAGCGAGUGACGAAGUCGCUUCCGUUCUAUUGUUCCCCUUCCCACCCAGCAACACUUGGAGAAACUCACGCACUCGAGCGCUUUAAUUGGAACUAAUCUCUGUCUCUCGUUUUUGGCCACAAUGACGACAACCUGUUCCGAUCGCCAGUUACUGCGAGGUGGCAAGCAAAAGACAACCACUUGCGUAGGAAUGACCGUAAUGGCCAAGACUACGUUCGAAGAAAUAUGCGAGAAUGCCAAAUUAGCACGGGACAUGGCUCUGACGGGCAACUACGACUCGGCCUGCAUCUACUACGAGGGCCUCCAGGGGCUGCUCGCCCGCCAGCUGAAGGCCACCGCGGAUCCACUGCGCAAGGGCAAGUGGAGCAUGAUCAACCAGCAGAUUAGCCAGGAGCACGCCAAAAUCAAGGCCAUUCAGAGAACCCUACAAGACAUCUCGCUGGACCUGCAGUCAACCAAAUUUGCCCACAAGCUGCGACACCAGCUCAGCGAAGAAAGCACCACCAGUAAAGAUCCAUCUGCCUGGUUCAAGCCGGACCCCGACAUUUGGACGCCUCCGCCCAAGGAUCCCGAUGUGUGGGGUCCGCCGAAGCCACCACCCACCACACAGGCCGUUGGCCGACGAGCCGCACCGAACAACCGCCGCACCACUCCGGCAACGCAAAACAGCCGCCCCAGCAGCACAAUCCCGCAGAGCACUGCCCGGAAUGGUCCGGCCUCGACACGCAAUUCCCGCAACUCAGCGUCCGCCGCAGCACAGAGCGGCGGAGCACGCACGACCAACGGAAGGGUUGGCGGUCGCAAGCUGUCCACAUCGAACACCAACGAGGCUAGGGACGACGACUCCACCGCUGCAGGCAGCAAUGGCGGAGCGGCUGGCGAUGGAGAAAACGGCGAUCCGCAGGCCGCCCAGGACGAAGAGCGCAAGUUUCAGCCCAACAACCACAUCGAAGCCGAGCUAGUCGACAUUCUUGAACGUGAUAUUCUUCAAAAGGAUCCCAAAGUGCGCUGGAGCGACAUUGCCGACCUGCACGACGCCAAGCGGUUGCUGGAGGAGGCCGUCGUGCUGCCAAUGCUCAUGCCGGACUACUUCAAGGGUAUCCGGCGACCCUGGAAGGGCGUGUUAAUGGUGGGACCCCCAGGCACGGGCAAGACAAUGCUCGCCAAGGCGGUGGCAACCGAAUGCGGAACUACGUUCUUUAACGUGAGCUCGGCCACGCUGACGUCCAAGUACCGCGGUGAGUCGGAAAAGAUGGUGCGGCUUCUGUUCGAGAUGGCCAGGUUCUACGCGCCCAGCACAAUUUUCAUAGACGAGAUCGACUCCCUGUGCUCGCGCCGAGGAUCGGAAUCGGAGCACGAGGCCUCGCGACGUGUGAAGUCGGAGUUGCUGGUCCAAAUGGACGGCGUGGGCGGCGGAGAGGAGCAGGCCAAGGUGGUCAUGGUGCUGGCCGCCACCAACUUUCCCUGGGACAUCGAUGAAGCGCUUCGGCGUCGUUUGGAAAAACGCAUUUACAUCCCACUGCCAUCGGAUGAAGGUCGCGAGGCGCUGCUCAAGAUCAAUCUCCGCGAAGUCAAGGUGGACGAUAGCGUCGAUCUUACCUACGUGGCCAACGAGCUAAAGGGAUAUUCCGGAGCUGACAUCACAAACGUGUGCAGGGAGGCCAGCAUGAUGUCUAUGCGGAGGAAGAUCGCAGGGCUGACUCCAGAGCAGAUUCGGCAGUUGGCUACGGAAGAGGUGGAUUUGCCCGUUUCCAACAAGGACUUCAACGAGGCCAUGAGUCGCUGCAACAAAAGCGUGUCCCGGGCGGACCUGGACAAGUACGAGAAGUGGAUGAAGGAGUUCGGAUCGUCAUGAUGGCGCUGCCCAUGCGAAUGGCUAGCGAUUGUAGCAAUAUAUUUUUGAAUAGCCUUAAACACGCGCUUAAGUCAUUAAGCUUUUAAAGUGAGAACCGAGCCGAUCCAAGCCGAUCCAAGCCGACCGGAAGAGUUGAACAUAUUUUAUAUAUAACAUUUUGCAAAUACGAUACAAUCUAUAUAUUUAUAUAUAUACAUUGAACCGGAGGCCGUUGGAAUUAGAAAAGACUAACCGCUCUCAAAGAGGAAACACAAAUGCAAAACUGAAAUUGAAAUUGAAUUGCAAUGAAGUCGAGAGAUAGGCAAUACGUUUAUGUAUACAUAACAAACACCACCCACACACUCCAUGAGCACAAACCUUCCAACUAAUCGUUAACCCACAAUCACACUAUAUGCAAUAAGGAAUCGCUUUAAUCGCCGCCUAGCCUUGGCCUCAUACUCCCACAAUGUGCACACUCCAAUCCGUUUCAUUUUUUAUCGAAAAAGUUUUUAUUUUAACAAGAAAUGUCCACUGUCUAAUAUUAAUGUUAAUUUUCGCUUAAUUUAUACUUUUACAUAUACAUAUAUAUCAUAGUUUAGUGCAGGCAGAGAUGUGUGCACCAGAAAGUUCCCUCUGAUUUGCAAUUAACCCACUGUAAUCAGAAGAUGAAACUGAAGCAAUAUGUACUUAAAGAGAGGAUUCUGAAAUUUUAAACAAUAAAGAAGUUUUUAACUAUA